AACAUAUAAAAAUCGAAUGUGGACCUACUUAUUUUUCAAUUGAAUGUAAUUGACUACCUAAUUGAGUGCCACCUAUGCAUUGGGGCUUCUUUUAAUUAAUACAAAAUUGAGGUUACAUCUUUUCAAAUGUUCCUCAAUUAAUAUAUAAGGGAUAAGUCAACUCCUCGUUAAUUCUAAGAAAAUAGAAUAUCUGACUGCUUAGACUUAAUAUUACUUGAAAGAAUAUUUCCCUAAGUGUAUUUUGAAUAGUAACCAAAGUCAAUAUAAUUAUUAAAAAUCCAAUUUCAAUGUUAAGGAAAAACUAUUUCAGUUAAAUGUUCUUUUAACAUGCUUAACUUAAAUUGUUAAGUUUAUUUUUCAUAUGUGAACUGAUUGUGUGUUGUAACAAAUAAGAAAUAUUCUGUAGACAUCUAUUUGGCUAAACUGAACAUUAGUGUGAGUACGAAUAUGUUUAUUUAUUUUCUGGAAAAUAGAGAGUCAAAAGAUGUACAAAUGAGAAAAUUAAUCAGAUUGUGAAGAAAAUUAACAUACUUUUUAUGUCUUACUGUGAUUUUGAGUUAAUGAUGUUUACUUGUUGUGAUAUUGACACAAACAAAUUGGUUACUUAAUUAGAUAAAUAGGGUAUUAGGGUUGAUAUAUAGGGGACAUAGGGAGAUGAACCCGUACUUUUAUGGGGCUUAACAAGACGUAUGGCUUAAUUUGGAAAGUUAUUUAAGUGUAAUGCUUCUGACUCAAAUAGAAGGUAACUAGACUUUUUCUCUCAUCUCCAACUACUCAAAAUUUAAGUUCUUCCAUCGCAAUUUUAAUAAAAGUCGACCACUAUAUAUGUUUUGUAUGACAAGAAUAUCAACUUCUUAUAAUCGAGAUCCCCCCGGCAUUAGAUAAAAAGCGAAAUAUUGUGUAUGUGGAGGAAAUGAAAAGUGUAGAUUUUCUGAUAUUUUUCUUUAUUGAGUUGAAAUAAACAUAUUGAAUUAUUGGGGAGCACAAUGCAUAAAUUAAGUAAGAUUAUGCCACAAGAAGAGGGAGAAUAGCAUGUGAUGUGUAGUCUUUGAUCUCCAUCUUUAUGAACCCAUUUAGGGUAAUUGGAGAGAGUGUAAGAAACCAAUAUACAAUGCAUAUUCAUAUUUUGUGUACAAUUAGCUUUUGUUUUUUGAGCAACGUGCAAUUGGCUAUAUGCACCCACUUGCACAAGGUACUUCAUUUUCUUUUGAGUGACCUUUUAAUUUAGUAAUUCUUGAUAUUAUUCUAACUUAAUAGAUUACCUUCUCUAAAGUAUUUUAAAGUAAGAGUUAUAGUAGAAUUAGGCUGCAAAAAUGCAUUUUUGGAAUGAAAACUUCCUGAAUGUUUAAUUCAUGUGUAUUUCAAAAAAAAUUUACCAGUUACAAUUAAAAAUGGAAUGUAUAUUCCAUUUCAUCCCAUUCCAAAUUUUUUUUGAAAUAAAUGGAAUACUGAUUUCAUUCUAUUUAAUUCCAGAAAUAAUAAUUUCUAUCAUUCCACAUAUUCUUUCUAUUUGUCACCAGUUACACCUUUAGUAAGAAAUUACAUAACUAAACACUACAUUUCUAUUUCCCUAGCAUGUGAAAAUAAUUGAUAAAUGUAUGAAUUAGUAAAAAUAUAAAAAACUAUAUGUUUUUAUAUCAUACAUAUAGAUAAAUUUAUUAGGUCAUUCAUAAGAGUUAACAACUCAGGUCCUUUGGAUAAAGCUUCCAUGGUCGGAGUGGGUUUUAAAAACUACUUCCUAUAUUUUUAAAUGAUGUAUGUUUUUGUGUGUUUGCAUAUAUUAGUAAAAUAUAGUAACAGUUGAUUAUAAAUACAUUUUUUUUUGUACUUAAAUAUUUUCAUAAGUUUAACCAAUGGUAUUUUAAUAACUGCAAUUUAUUUUUAUAAGUUUAUAAUGUAUCAUUCUUUAUUAAUUAAUAUUUCAUAAAAUGUAAAACAUAUAUCCUUUUAAAAUAAACUUUUAUUUUCAAAAUUUGAUUUUUUUAGAAAGAGAUGGAGGUUGCUCUCUACCAUAAUUUGAUCACUAUUGUUUUUUUUUGUUUUUGUUAACCACUAAGCGUUAUGUUAUUAUAGGGAAAAUUUCAAGCCAGUGCCAUAGUCUCGCUGCGCUAGAAUCAAAGGACCACAUAUUGAAGGUAGAUUCAUAAAAUUUACACCAAUUUUAGAUACAACAGCAUAUAUAUGUUGAGGUUAAAACCAUAGAUCUCACAACAAUUGUUAUACUAUAAUAAAAAUGCAGCUUUUAUCCACACGAAGACUCUCCGUAAUAGAACAAAAUUACAGGGGGGCACUAAAUCGGAAGGAAUACAAAAGAACAAUUUCUUAACCUGUUAAAAGAAUCAUAAAUGUGAACCGGAUGAUGAGCCGUCAUGGGCCUCUAUGGCUGCUCAUAUCCCAGUUAUGUUUUUUCUUGUGUUAGAAAUUCUGAAAAUAUGUGAAUGGCCUCAUCUGAUACAAACAUGUACAAGAAAGAAGCAUGUUAGACACAAAUAAAAGAAAUUUUUUACUCUCUCAGACACUUUCUCACUUUGCAAUUUCAUCCCAAGCCACAUUCCACUUGACAAACACAUUAUGAGUGUUCUUUGUCCAUCUUACCCUUCUUUCAACUCAAACAUUAUUUUCUCUAUAUAAACAUCCUAUUUCUCUCUCGUUAUCUAAACUGAAUCCAAGAACACAACCCUAUUAACAUCAACGAAACAAUCCAUUGUCAAUAGCAUCAACCUAAACAAAACCUUAUUCUCUCCUCUUCACUCUAAAGCUUUCUGUAAUGGAGAUUUAGGAAAGAAGAAAGAGAUUGAAAAAUUGAAAGAAUAACAGUCGAGGGUUGGCGAAAUCAGUUUCGUGAGGUGAAACCUUCUCUUCUUGACAAAAAAAAAUUUCCAGUUCUGUAGGCAUAAGGAAACGGAGAUCCCGUAGAUUGGAAAAAUCCCGACAUACAAGGUCAGUUUUUGGAGAAUCUUUUCUAAUUUUCCCAGAUCCUCACACAUCUCAUUUGUACUACAAUGGUGGAAUCUCUCUUCUCCACAAAAACCAUAUCUCCCCAUUGAAAAAGCAUCUUAAUUUCUCAGACCCUCGAGGGUACAAAUCUAGAACGAAAUUGAAAUAGGAUCUGUCAAUAUCUUCAAUGGAGAAUAUGGUUUCGUGGUGAUUCCGGCGACUCGAGAUGAGUCUUGUUCGAGUCGACUCAGUAUUAGAGUUUUUUAGUCUUUUGUGUUGUGAUACAACGAGAUUGUUUCGGGAGUGAACCCAUAGAGAUAGCGAGGAUGAAUUAGGAGAAACAUCAUGGAUUUUGGGUUCGAACUUGCGUCUGGUUGUGGUGAGUGAGGAACGAGUCAGGUCGUCGUUGGAGAGGAUGUGUUGUGUUUGUUGGAGAGGAGAAGCUUAACUCAACGAUUGAUUCCACCAACUCGAGUCGUUCUUCCUGGGUUAAUUCAGAAGUCCUGGUGAUGACGAUCUCAAGCGCUUUCUCUCUCUCUCUUGGAGGAAGACGACAAAUUUGAUUAAACUUUGUUUGUGGACGUGGACACAAAACCUUGUCCACAACUUUUGUUUUCUAUCCAUAUAUUAUUGGUUUCCGUUAUAGUUUUUGGCAGUAUCAUGGAAUUGUAUCAAAAACAUAUUUGUUGGUUUUGAUUUAGUCCACAACUUGUGUAUCAAAAUAAAGAAAUUAUGUAUGGACAAAAUCUUUUUUUUUUCUUUUGGUGAGAGUUUUGAUAGUAGUCUGUGUCUACGUUUUGUGGUAUAACUUUAGUAACAUGAGUCCAUGUCCACGUAAUUUCCUACAAUUUUGUGGAAUCAAAACAGAGAGUUUGUCCACGUUAUCUACUAUAAACACAUUAACAUCGUCUGUCCACACAUUACUCAUCAUUCAUACACACAUCACUCGUCCACGUAUAUUCCGUCCACAAAUCACCCAUCCACGCAUCAUCCGUCCACACAUCACUUUAGUAUCCACAAUUGUCAUUUUCAUUAAGGGCAAAAUUGUCCAAAGUCUACCACUGGCCCACAACAAAGUGUGUCACAUGUAAGAAGUGUCUUUAAGUGUAAGAGAAAGUCAAAAAGUGUCUCUUAGUAUAAUCAACUAAAUAAAACAUAAUCCAGAAGCCAACAAACAACAAUCUCAAUAGAGAGAUGGAGAGAUGGAGAGAGAGAGAGAGAGAGAGAGAGAGAGAGACCCUCUAUUGCCUCUUGUGACCCAUAUGAUGUAGAAUGAACUCAAACUGUUUGUUAAUAUCUCUGUCGUGUGGUGGGUUUAUCUAGCCAGCAUUCUUCUAUCAACCUAGGGGAUACAAAAAGUGGACCGGGCCUAACCGGUCAAUGUCAUGGACUAAACGAAACAAUGAUGCAAAACUGUCCCUUCCAGUUUAAUGGUGAAGAGAAAAUAAGACUGGCGUUUUAAGUCCAUGAGGGUUAAGCUUACUUAAUUUGAUGGAGCUUUGAACGAUGGCCCUCUUUGCAAUUAUAAGCUUCACUGUCUUCUUUUUUAGCAAAGGGCAUUCGUCGUCUAUCAAUCAUCUCAUCGCCAAAACUUUUUUAAAAUUUCUUAUCGUUUAAUUUGAAUUCAAACCUUUUGGAAAAGAAUUUAAGUAGGUAGUGCAACAAAUGUCAACAACAUUUCUGAUUAGAUCCUUAUUGUUUUAUUCAUAAAUCGUUUUUUAUCAUUCUGAUAUAAAAUCCAAUAAUUCAAAUCCUUGGAUAGUUCACCCUUAUUCAAGGAGACCAAACUACUUUAACUAGACUUAUACUAGAGAAAUAAUCCCACAAGAUGCAUAUAUUUUACUCGGAUUAUCUAGACUAUAAAAAUUCCGUGUCUACUACUAUACCUAAUGGGCUUAUACGAAGCCUAAACAAUUUAUUUUACUCUUUUUUAACACAAAACAUAACUUUUGAUUAAAAGCUCAGACCUCCGGAAGAGGAAAGAGAUGAAAUAGCCGUACAUAAUGCAGUCUUAGCAAGAUGAUCAGCUGCUGAAUUUGACAAUCAAGCAACAUAUUUAAAGGAAACAGUGAUGAAAAGUAGAGAUAGUUGAUCGAUGUCCUGGUCUCCUGGAUGAUCCCAUAGAGGUCAGCCGGAGGAGCCUUCGAAGUGAUCACUAUUAAGAGCGUUUGACAAUCUGUGUUGAAACAGAUUUUGGAGUAGUCCCGUGCGUAAGCUGUGAGGAGAGCCCAUCGAGAGCCAGUGCUUCCGCAACGAGCGGUGAGGCGAUAUUUAGUUCCACCCCAGUAGCUUGGUGAUCAGUACCACCCGCUUUGUUCUUGAAGAUACAUCCAAACCCUGCCAUGUUGUUUCGAGUCUCCAUGCGGUGUCUGAGAAACAUGUAAUUAGAUCAUCCAGGUCGGGAGUGAUCAAUGAACUGUUUGAGCAAUGUGUCUGAGUCCGAAAGAGAGUAUCCAAUUUGGCCAUAUUCCAUUCCCUUGCGCUCCAUUGUGAUCCUUAGUUUGAGGGGGAGAAUGUGAGAUAACAAACUAAGUCUCACAUUGAAGAAUUAGACAAAGAGUGUCUAAUAUAUAAAGAGAUGUCCAAUUCUAUUAGUACGAGGCCUUUUGGGAAGGAAACCAAAAAUAAAUCCAUGCUGACCAGCCUCUAAGGCCCAAAGUGGACAAUAUCGUACUAAUAAGAUAAGAUAGAGUUGGACACGGGAUUUAACAAUCCUAACAAUUGGUAUCAGAGCGCAGUUGACGAGAAAUCUGUAAGAAAGACCGAAAUACCCUUUGAAUGAUGAAUGAGUGAUGAAUGGGUAUGUGAGACACGAGAUGAAUGUGAUCCUUAGUUUGAGGGGGAGAAUGUGAGAUAACAAAUUAAGUCCCACAUUGGAGAAUUAGACCAAAAGUGUCUAAUAUAUAAGAAGAUGACCAACUCUAUUAGUACGAGGCCUUUUGGAAUGGAAACCAAAAGCAAAUCCAUGCGGGCCAGCUUCUAAAGCCCAAAAUGAACAAUAUCGUACUAAACGGAUAAUAUAGAAUUGGACAUGGGAUUUCACAAUCCUAACAUCCAUAUGGUUUUUGAUACUGUAUUUUCCGGGGUGAUCUGUCUCCCUUCUAAAACUAGCUUGUUCUUCAGCUAUCCAAAUAUACCAACAUACCCACAGAAAAAUAUUUGAAGUAACGAACUUUUUUCAAAAAAAAGUUUGAUAUAUUUUGACAAGUUACCUUUCCUAUCUUGAGAGCCUUAACGAAGUCGAUGCAGUUUCCUGAAUCAAAUUGUGUUUUAAAACAGAGAUAAAGACCACACCCUUUUACUCUUAAGGGAGGUUUUUAUCGAAUCAGCUUUCUUUCAUUGAACAAUAUAUAUUAGUAAGAUUAACAAAAAAAUGGAGUAAAUGAUUCGUCGAGUAUAGUAAUUUCUCACGCGCUGAAGACUUUUCUCUCCAACCUGAGAUCCCUUUCGUUCUUCCUUCACCGUCGCUGUUCACGGCGGCGGUCCCCACCCGCCUCCAUGGCAAAGAAAAACCCCCCCAAAAACAAAGCCUCUCAUCGUGUCCCCACUGGAUCGACACCCUCUCGUUCUAUUGCGUCGAACUCGUCGACGAAAGCUUCGACUGAGCCAGCCUCUGCCGUUGCAAAUCAGACCAGUUUCGUUGCUGCUCUGCCUGAAAUACCUGCUCCUCUGUCUUCUACCGCGCCCGGUGGAGCCACUGAAGUAGAUCUGUCAAUUUCGGUGCCUGAUUCUUCUACAGCCGCCGUCGCGUCACUACCUAAAGAUGUUACUGUCGAACGUGAGAAUCCUUCAAUGGUAUCUCAUCAAGCUGUUGCCGCCAAUCUUCUGAGUCCAGAGACUUGCGCCAACAAAAUGGAAAGCCCCAAAGCUGUGAUCCUAGCUACAGUGUCAAAUCCGAGUUCUGUACCUACGGUUUCUGUUGAUAACAACAGAGUUCCAAUUUUGGCCAUCUCUGCUGUAACCGGUGGUAGCCCACCUUCAUCCUCCGACCAGUUAGGUGGUUCGCAGGAACAGUUGCAACAAAGGAAGUCUUCAGCUGAUAUUUGGAAAGGUUUUGUAAAACCGACAAAACUAAAGCUGCAGCCGAAGGAAACUCCUUACACUUUGGAAUCUGGUGAAGCUUGUGUCACUAUCCCUAAUGCUGUAGUGGAGAAAAAUAAAAAAGCUUGGGAGUGUUUCAUUCUUGGGCAGUUUUACGAGGAGGCUCCGCCCCGCGGAGCGGUUCAUGCGAUAGUUAAUGGUAUAUGGAGCAAGCAGAGAAGAGACAUUUCAGUUUCAAAAAUGGAAGGAAAUGCUUUUCUUCUCAGAGUUCCCUGUCCAAAUGCGAGGCGUCGAAUCCUGAGUCAGCCACUUUGGCAAAUUGACGGACAGACAAUGUUUGUAGCCAAAUGGGCACCAGGCUUGCAACAGGUUAAACCUGAGCUGGAAAUGGUUCCUGUAUGGUUGGAAUUCACGGGAGUUCCUCUUCAGUUCUUCAACAAAGAUGCCCUUCAAGAGAUUGCAGGCAUAGUGGGCCAUCCAGUCUGUCUGCACCCUUCGACUGCAAACUUGACAAACAUUGAGGUCGCCAAGGUCUACACUGUGAUUGAUCCGAGGAAGCCUAUACCAAAGUUUGUGAAUGCAAGGUUUGAGAGUGGUGAUACCCGACGCAUUGGAGUAUCAAGCCCAUGGCUUCCUUCUUUAUGUUCUUACUGCAAGAAAGUGGGUCAUAGUAUAUCACGCUGCAAGGCUGCUCCUAAAACCUGCGCAUUGUGUAAUUCAGUAAAGCACCCAACUUCGGCUUGUCCAAGAGGGCAGGGUGUUCCUGUCAAGGACAAAGGCAAGGCUCCAAUAAAGAGUCUGCUGCCUAUUACUCCCAAAAGGAAGAAGUUGAAGACAGUGUACAGAGAAGUGUUGAAAUCCGUCCCACCGGUCUCUUCCAAUCACCCUCCUUCUCUUCCUGCUGCUGCGCCCUUGGAACACCAUGCAGGACAAUCAGAAUUUCCCUUAGGAGCUCUGAAGCCUCCUCGUGCGGAUAUUGCUUCUACUUCGAAAACUCCAUCAAAUGAGCUCUCAAAAAUCACUGUCCAUGACUUGAGUACGGGAUCCCUCUGUGUUGAUCUCUCAGGUACUUUUGAGACCUCAUUGACGUCACAAUCGUCUGGAUCAGGAGAUUCUACCUCGGAUAUGGAUUCAUUGACAGAAGAAGAGGAAAACCCUGAGGAUAAAUUCAUUGAAGUUUUUGCGAAAAGAUACAAGCAGAGACAGAAGGCGAAGGCUAGGGCUAGAGGCCCUUUAAUCCUCUAAUUUUUACCUCUUUAAUGGAUAUUUUUGGUUGGAAUAUUAGAGGUUUCAACGAUUC